GUGUAAUAAAAAUUCAACUAAUUUCAUUUUUUGCUCUUUUGAUUAAUUUUUUAUAAUUCCAAGGUUAAAUUUUGCAUAUUUUUUUGUCACUAUCACUUUUGAAUCUCGUCAGUGUGCCCUUGUUUUGGAUUUUGUAAUCUUAACAUUGCUUGGAAUUUCACAAUGGUUCUGAAAAAUUUUCCAACUAGUGGAUAAGUAGGUAGGUAUAAUGAACAUGGGAUGGGAUAUAUUUUGACUUAGUUAGUAUUUCGUUACGACCCAAUUUAGAUAACGGUUUAUGGUCUAAAAGUUUGUGGUGUUUUUGUUAAUGCAAUAGGUACCACACUAUUAUACCCUUUUGUACAAAAAAUCGUUUUCAUUUCUUCAUUUUUUUGUUUUAGGUAUACAUUUCAUCGCAGCUUCGAAUUGGCAACAAAAAAACCUUGUCUGUUUAGUUUGAAUUUCUUUUGUUAUCAACAGAGUGUUAUUUUUAGUCCCUGUGAGAUUACCAGAAUGUGUUACUCAUUAUCGAGUUAUCAAUGUGUUUGUACAUUUUCGAUUUGUUAACGCCAUGGAUGAAUUUUGUGGUUCGAGUUUUUGGGAUUCAAAAACUGUUUGGGAUACGGAUGAUCCUGAUUUGACGUUAUGUUUUGAAAAAACUGUUCUCGUUUGGGUUCCUUGUGCAUUUCUUUGGAUACUUUUGCCGUUGGAAAUAUACCACAUUUGGAAUUCGAAAACGUCUGAUAUACCCUUUAAUUCAUAUAACGUCACGAAAUUGAUUGGAAUAAUAAUUUCGGCUGUGGCAGUGCUUGGAGAUAUUGCACACUAUGUGAUUUUCCACUACUCUCAUUUUCCAGUCGAUUUUUAUUGUCCUUUGGUUAAGUUCGUUACUUUGAUAUUAUUUUUUGCAUUAACGUUUGCAAAUGUGAAAUCUGGUAGGAGAUCUUCACCUGCAUUAUUUUUUUUCUCGCUGCUGUUGGUGAUAUUUGGAGCUCCGCAAUGUCGCACUGAAUUUAGAUUAAAAUGGUCCACGGAGGAAAAACCUGAAAUAAUGGAAUUUGUUUCCUAUGUAAUUUAUUACAUUUCCAUCGUGGUGGUGUUUGUUUUGAAUUGUUUUGCUGACUCACGCCCUCGAAUUCUGUCUUAUCCGUUUGAUAAGAAUGAAUGUCCAAAAAGCCAGUCUUCUUUUUUAUCGCAAAUUUUAUUCGCGUGGUUUGAACCAUUGAUUUGGAAAGGGUAUAGAAAAUCAUUAGAAGAUGAAGAUCUAUGGAAUUUAGAUCCUUCAAUUUCAACAUCCUGCGUUGUGCCAAAAUUCGAAAAACAGUGGAAGAAAUCGCUGAGAAAAGUUGAUAAAAAUGCUGAUAUUAGUAUAAAAGUUGAACGUAAAAAUGGUCGACACAAUUUUGACGGACUGCAGUACGAAAUUAAAAAUAAAUACGUGUCAGUUGUACCUGCGUUGUGUCGAACUUUUGGUAACGAUUUUUUAAAGGGGACUUUAUUGAAAAUAUUCCUCGACGUUUUCGUUUUUGUUAAUCCUCAGAUAUUGAGGCAGCGAGGAACCUAUGUGGAAAGGAUACUUAUACGUGAUAUCACUAUUUUUAGCUGCUAUAAUUCAAACCCUACUGUCUGCUCAAUAUCAAGAUAUUAUGUACACAAUUGGGAUUAAAAUACGAACUUGCUUGGUUUCGAUUAUUUAUAAA